UUCUUAGUUUUGUAGUUCAUUUACGGUUUUUUCUGAUUGGUUACUAAUUAGUUAAUUAAUUAGUGGGUCAUGACUUCAACAUCUUUAGUGGGUAGUUAUAUUUGUAAGGCUAUUUAAAGCCAUUCAAAGUUUAUUUUAGUAGAAAGGAAUUAAGCAAAAAUUGAAGUUUCUUCUUUAUCUUGUGUUCUUGGAGCUUGACCCCCUCUAAGGGUUAUUUAUCUUGGGAGAUUGACCAUCUCGAAUCGGUCCCUAUCAUUUGGUGCUUUCAUUCUCGAUCAUCAUGCCUCCUCGUACAAGCUUCGAAGAAGGCGUCACGACCUUAGUCGACAUGGUCGAAGGACUAGUGACCCAACAAGAAGCUAUUGCCGCCCAACAAGCCUCGCAUACCAUGUCAAUGUUUGACACCAUGUGGAGUUUUCUCGCGGUACAACAGCAACAACUCUUGUUUCUUUGUGCCCGACUCGGCCUAGAACCUCCACCUCCAUUGCCCGCUCGACCACCAUCUCCACCGCCACUCGACGCUCGUCCGCCACUACCACCUCCUCGACCGCCACUCAAGCCAUUUGCUCCGAAGCCUUUCUUACAUCAAAUAUCCACAACCGCAUCCAAAAAACGCAGCCGUCAACACCAACAAGCAACCCCGCAAACCGCACCCAAAAGAUCCUAUUCUACCACCUCGCCCGCACCACAAAUAUCGCCCAAACCAAGCGCGAAAUCUGCACCAAAACAAACCUUAAACGGAACCCAUCGACACCCUUAUUCACUCCCCAACACCACAUGUGCACCUACCAAACAUGCCACCAACAAUAAUAGCCACAACCCCCACGUCUUGCUAUUGCACAAUGAGGAACUGAAGGCAACUGGAAGAUGUGAUUGGCGGCCUCCAUGGCGCUACGUUAUAACCGCACCAAAUGCCCUUGGCAGAGUCGAAUGGCGACCCCCAUGGGGUGUUCCUACCGUCCUUGAGGACAAGGACGUUUUCGAGCGGUGGGCAUUGAUACGUACCUGCAGGCCACAACCAUACCACAACUCCCAUCCAUGCAACCCACCUUUUAGUCAUGAAGUCCACGUUCAAGCUUGUCUUUUGAUUCUUAGUUUUGUAGUUCAUUUACGGUUUUUUCUGAUUGGUUACUAAUUAGUUAAUUAAUUAGUGGGUCAUGACUUCAACAUCUUUAGUGGGUAGUUAUAUUUGUAAGGCUAUUUAAAGCCAUUCAAAGUUUAUUUUAGUAGAAAGGAAUUAAGCAAAAAUUGAAGUUUCUCCUUUAUCUUGUGUUCUU